AUUCAUGGUCCAAAAUGCCACGUAAUAUAAAUCCCGUUGACAUUAACAGUAUGUUCGAAAUUGAUAUUUGCGGACGAGAAUUAUUAAGUAGUUUCGUCUGUUGUGCGGUUGCAUGAACAUUUUGUACCAGGAGAUGUCAUCAGUACUCAACAGUUGGUGUAACGAUCAUCUACGUCCUGCAUUUCAAAGGGGUCAGGGAUUCAUAAGCUUUAUUGUUAUUUAUAUACGCAGAAAUACAAAGAAAUAUUUGCUUGCGUACGUCUCUGCAGAAUUAAGCAACAUAUAACAAUAAAUAGUGACAUGGUGGACAAUAACAUACAAUAUACAGUAACCUAUAGGACAAACUGCUGAGGUUUCAAGUGGCACUGAUUAAUAAAUGACUGUGGUGACUGGGAUUACACUGCAAGUUAUCAGUGUGUAUUUAACAGUCUUGAAGUUCUUAGUGAUGGACUUGUAGCGUCGUCUGGAGGGGAGGAGAGAGUGAAAAUACUGUACUGGGUUAUCUAUCUAUUCUCUACGGCUCGUCGGAGUCGUGGGACCGCAGUCUGAUCAGAGAUGUGCUAGAUUAUUCAUUUUACUUAAUUAAUUUUCAAUUUAUGCCUGUGCCAUAAAACAAAUUUCAGCCAUUUGUCUUUCAUGGAAUAAUAUCGUUUACUUUAAUGUUCUUAGAUGUCUUUCUUGAAAGCGAAGCGCUGUAUACAAAACGAUUAGAUUUCAUUUGUAAACACUGGUGUAUUACCCUCCUCUAUAUGGGCGUCACGUUGUCUAAACUCCUCCUCAUUUAGAAUAGUAGCCGCGUCGAUCAUAGCAACAACCUAUGAAUUCACCGAUAUAUCUCCUCCCACGAUUAUAACAAAGUUAUUCCCGCCCCUUGAUGUCAGCCCAAUCUAAAAAAAAAAGACAACAACAAUCGCUUAUAGAAGAAAGCUCUUGCAUUAUUUCUAGCGGAAUCAAAGCGGAAACGUCGCUGUUGUAUAUUUUGAUUAUAAUUUUCUCACGGUGGCAUCGAACCAGAAAUGGUUUCUCCUGUCACAGUGGUGAAGAGCGAAGGACCCAAGCUAGUUCCCUUCUUCAAGGCGACCUGUGUGUACUUUGUGCUCUGGCUGCCUACCUCCAGCCCCUCCUGGUUCAGCGCACUCAUCAAGUGUCUGCCUAUCUUCUGCCUUUGGGUUUUCCUCCUCGCCCAUGGCAUCGGCUUUUUGGGUGCCCACUCCAGUGCCCGAAAGAUCCUGGCCGGCCUCAUAUUCUCCGCCCUGGGAGAUGCCUUCCUGAUUUGGCAAGAACAGGGUUACUUCAGUCACGGGCUGUUCAUGUUUGCCAUCACCCACAUCCUGUAUUCCUCAGCCUUUGGGAUGAAGCCAAUCAACUUGCCGGCGGGUUUGGUCAUCGCCGCUGCCUCUGGUCUUAGUUAUACCCUGCUCUACCCCUAUCUGUCAGGCCCUUUCACCUACCUGGUGGCUGUCUACAUCGCCCUGAUCGGGUUUAUGGGCUGGCGGGCCAUCGCUGGGGUGCAGCUGGCCAAUGACCUGUGGACCUGGACGAAGCUAUCGGCCUGCUUGGGGGCUGUGCUCUUCAUGGUGUCUGACCUGACCAUCGCCGUCAACAAGUUCUGCUUUCCCGUCCCGCACUCGCGAGCCAUUAUCAUGGCUACCUACUACGCUGCCCAGAUGCUGAUCGCCCUGUCCGCUGUCGAGUGCCAGGAUGCCGAAGCAUCUCGGAAGCGGGUGUGAUGCCGUCUUGGCCCCCCCACGGACCCCCCUCUCAGGCCUUCCUCAGCAUCGUCUCCCUUGUGUAGCUCUUUCCGUUCAGCUUAGUGGAGAAUAAAUGCAGGCGGUCGCUAGGGGAGUGGCUUAGAGUAGGAAAUGCAUAUCGACGGAGGACUCUGUAGACCCAAUACCUUCUAUCUGUUCGAUAGUGCGCCACGCCCCCUCAGAAGCCCCGCCCCUCCCCCCUACCUACCUGAAUUGAAGUCUGUGGUCCAACACUAAAAUUUCAACUUGGUGCUGUUUCAUACAGUGUGGUACCUUUUAUACCUUUGCUAAAAGGAAUUGUUUAGGUGACCGGCUGCGUGUCCUACGCACAUGUGGCUGACAGCUUUCCAGCUGUCAUUGUGCUUUUUGUGUGGCAUUGCUUUGCCCCCCGGCCACCCGCCACCCCCGCUGAUCCGCCCCCUCCCCCUCCCGGCUUUUUGUCUUCCUGUUUCUAAACCCGAGCACGACGGGCCCGGCUGUGUCCUUUUUGUGGAUUCCGAUUUCCUGCGGAUAUCGGGUCCUCCGCCGAGGUUUGCCAUGCUGCUGCCGUUCGGGUCCGGGGAGUGGAAGCUGAUUGGUCACCUGAGGGUCUAUUUUGUUAGGAGCUGGUUUUCUCCUGCCUUUAGUGUUACAGACCCUGUCUCUGAUGUUAAUUAAACACCGGUGGUUUAAGAUUAUAUAAACCACCCAGUAUCAGUUUCAGAUGGCAGCAUAUGCUUUCUUUGGUAGCUGUCAGCAUGGAAUAUGAGUUAUGAGUUAAGUCCAGCAUUUCAAAGUGUUUUGAUUUUCCCUGUCUCACUACGCCACCCAGACUUCCACUCCCGGGAAUAGGUUAAUUACCAGAAACUCUUCAAUGAGGCGUUUUCCCAUGAGAACAGCCUGGGACCCCUUUCGUUGUGCUUUCAGCUUGCGGAUUUAUCUACAGUCCUGUCUGUGUCAUUAAAGCCUACAGACGCCGGUCCGCCCAGGGUGUAGCACUAUGCAGGUGAGUCCCUGCUUCUGAGCCUUUAUCAAAGGGAAAGGGGGCUAACCAUGCAAGCGGGCACUCUGCUGUUUUUCAGUUCUCUCUAAGGACAGCAAUCAGUCCCAUUCUGUACAGCGGAGAAAGGGCUGCAGGAGGGCUUGCUUUGUAAUACUGGAUGACUGUAAGUCUCUCUCAGAAUGGGAGCUAUGGCACCUGGCAAUCAAACCCCAGUCCGUGCCAGUACAUGAUUUUGUUUAUUGAGUGUCUGUAUUAUUUAUUGCACAUGUGAUUUGCAGCUUUCAUUUUCUGGAAAAUACAGAAGAUCAAGUAUUCGGGCAGGGUGAUUUUGGGAUUCUGCGGCUCUUUGCUCGCAAUCAGAUCUUUUUAAGGACAUUCCUGGAAUAUUGCUGUGAAAUAUUUCUAGAAAUGUAGAAUAAAUGGGAUUUAAAUAUAGUGCUCUUUAAAAUAAUUUUUGUUUGUAUUUCACACUGUAUCCUCGUGGAAAAUGCCCCAAAUUUCGCUUGGGAGUUUAUGGCAAACUUGUAUGUCGGUCCCUCUGUCCAGCUAGGAGAUGGACAGAACUGGACACGUGCUACUAGUACACCGGUCGCUCCUUUUGGGGAAAAGAUGCUGGAAUGGGAGAAUGAUGGCCCCUGUUUCUUAGGCUGGCAGAGGGGGCGAUCACGCACAUAGUACCUUAUCUACCAACUCCGCUGAAUCAUACCCAGUUUUGGGAUACUGACACUUCCCUGUCUUCCUCUUCCUGGGGAGGAAACAUUAGGGCCACUUUCCCCUUGACACUGUAGGGUUGCUGGGCAAAUUCAGCUUUGCGUCUGACAUCUGCACACAGCAUAAGGGCCAUUUGGAUCCAAGCUCCAUUGUUUUUUAAAGUAUUCUAAGCUGCUCUGUCCGGUUUUCUUCCCCCUGUAUAUUUUUCUUCCUUUCAGAACUAACUGGCGUAAACCGUAAGUGAAUACUGUGGUUAUAAAUUAUUUUCGUGUUAUCGAUAGUGAUAUGGGUUUAUUAAUUAUUAUCAGUUUUAUUACCAGUGAUUUUAAAUGCUAUUCCAAGCAAGAAGCAAAUUCAAAUGAGAAUGCUUCAAAUGACAAGAGGAAUUCAAAUGCGGAAUUCUGUACGGAAUGUUUCAGGCACAGUUCCUCAUUCUGUCUGGUGUUUUUAAAUAGCGCAUGUCAUUCGUCUUCUGGAUGAAUAUGGAGAAUUCUUAGGCAACGAGUAAUGGGCGAGUAAUGGCUGUGCUCGCUGGGAAGUGGUGUUAAAUGAAGACUUCUGACCAUUUUUCAACCGCGACACAUGUAUAAGAGUCUCGUGACAAAUGCCGCAGGGAGGAACAUGUCACUGGAAAUGACUGGUACUGAGAUGUGGAGGCAGUGUGUGUUUGCGGGGGGGGGGGGGGGGGGGUCAGCUGCGUAUUUGUAUGGUGACAUUUUUUGUGAUUAUUUCUGAAAAUUGCUUAGUCUGUGCUCAUUUUGUUUUUGCUUACUGGGGUCAGCGUGUCAGCAAAAUGUUUAUGCCCAGUCAGUAAUAACUGCCCUUUUGUCCAGUGUCCUGAGUUUAUCAGACGGCUUAUUUUGGCUGAAAUGGCUGGUCAGUCUUCAGUUUAACAGAGCAGGGAGAUUAUAGAUGGCCCUGCUUUUCACCCCGACAAUUUGAGCCCUCAGAAGUGACCUGCUGGCAUGACUUAUUUACUCGUGUCUAAAGAAAUAACAGUGAAGGAGAAAACCUGGGAUCAGGCCUUUGCGUUACUCCGUAAUCCAAUGAUCUGAGAUUAAAAAGCUCUUUCAUUUUCCGGGUGUGAAAAAAGUAUUACAUUUACAAGAGAAAACAAAGAGAAAUGAGGAAGUUAUGGUUUCUUUUGGUCCGAUUGUUAUGUUUGCUCUGCGUUCUUUAUCAGAUAAAAAUUUCUGGCCCAGAAAGUGAUCUGCUUGUACACUCCUUUAGGGACGAGUCUUUUCGGGGCUGAUUUCGGGCCGACAUUAGAAAACAGAGAGGUCUAUAUUUCCCUCAUUCCCUCUAUCAGUCACGGGGGACUCGGAAUAAUCCAGGGAUCGCUUUACCCUCCUUCAAAGGCUUCGUUGUUUCUUCUGUCUUUUUGUGAAGACCAGGAAUGCUGUCCGUACGAAGUGCUUUGGGUUUUCAGUGUUGCUACAGCCACCUGUUGUGAUAGGAGGGUGAAAGCACCAGUGAAGCUGCACAGAUAAUGCAGUGUAUUUUGUUUUUUGUUAGUUUUUACUGUGGUUCCUCGUAUCCAUUCUGUCCCUUUCGCUUUUGCAUGUACACUCUUCCCCUCAUCUAGAUCUGUGCUUCUAUUUAGUGUCACUGUUACAAUCUGUACAACAAUUUCUGUAAUAUCAGUAAUGCAACGUUUCCCAACCCAGUCCCCGGAGACACACAGACAGACGGUCCACGUUUUUGUUCCCUUCCCAGCUCCUGGGUGGGAGCAAAUAUGCGGACUGUCUGCCGGUCCCUGAGGACCGGAUUGAGAAACACUCCAGUAAUGUGUUGGCACGGCGUGCCCAAGCCCCACUGCCAUCGAUGGCAGACAGAAGCGUCUGAUUCAGGCGAACCACCGGACCUAAACAUGCGGAAAGUCAACAGGCUAAUUGUAAUUUUACCAGCCGACUUAAAAGAGGCUGUUUACAUGCAAGCUUUACACCAGUUUUUUUCCACUGUGGUCUCUUCCCUCGAAUCACCGAACCGUGUGGCUGUAUGCCGUGACCCAAGGAUCACGCGGUAUUUUGUGAGCGUAAAGGUUAGCGCCGUACUGCAUUUUCAGAAGGUGACUCUUUCACCCCCCAAAAAAGAUGCAUUAUGGGAUGCCCUUUAAUGAUACACCUCCUUUAUUUCCUGUCAGUUUAAUAUUGCAGGGGAAAUGAGUCCUUUAUAAGGCACAGCUGUGAUAUUUGGAGCUGUAACUAAUGUGUGUUUGCUGUAAAAGAGAUGGAACUGGCGUGAGAUCCCAGUAUCUUGUGAUAUAGUAUCCUGAGAGACUAUCCAAGCAUACAAUAACCAAUACCUUUGCAGAAGUGCUAUUUUAUUGGUUUUGUUUUUACUGAAUUGGUUCAAAAAUAAGUAUAAUGGUUAUCAAGUGUUGAUGACGUUCUUUUUUAGUGAUAUUUAUAUAUAUGUAUAUCACAUUAUUCUUGCCUUAUUGUCCUGAAUUUUCACCUGUGUGUUUUCCUUUAUUACUUUAUUUGGGAAUAAUAAUUAUACAGGACCACACCGUUUGUUACCUGUAGAAAACUGCUAUGAAUGUGAAUUAAAUACGUGAUAAAUAAAUGCAAGUACAAUGCAAACUCUAA